AACGUCAAAACAAAACAAAACAUUUUGUUUGCGAAUAUCGAAUGAAUCAGCUGUUUAAAAAUGACAUCAAAUUUGGAAAAGGAAGACUAUUUGAUACAAAUUCGCGAUAAACUACGAAAAGAUGGAAUUAAACUGUGGUUGCCGCCUUAUUUUCAGGACUCCCAAUCAUCCGCCACCGACAUUAAAAUUCUUUCCGAAGACUACAGGAAAAUCCUAAAUAUCCCGCCGAAUCUUUGCGAGGAAAUCAUCAUAGAACUCCAAUUGAACUCGCUGGAAAAUCUGAAGCAGAAAAACUUAUUCCAAGACAAAGGGGUAGCCACUAUUAAAAUUAAAGUACUCCAUUCGAAUUCGCCCCCAGGGGUUUUUUCUAAAAAGCUUUUACUGUCAUCCAAAGCGUCUGAAUUGAAGGAUAUUAUUACAAUUGAAGUGAAUAUUGGCAAUGCAGGGAUAAAGCUGAUAUCUGCAGGCAGAGUUUUAAAGGAUACGGACACAUUGGGGAGUCAGGGUGUUAAAAAUGGUUCGCAAAUUCUGGCAAUCAUCCUUUCAGAGACUCCUACGCAAGUUUCCCAAAACGAGAAUCAAAUUCGAGAAUUGGAAAGCGUCAAAACAGACUCAACUUUAUUAGCUUUAGAUAACGAGUACAUGCAACUGGAAGAUCAAUUUGGGAAUCCCAUAAAAAUCCCACCGAACGAAAGAAAAGCUCUGGUUGUCGCCAUGGCUUUGCACGAAAAAGGCAAAGCUUCAUUGAAACGAAACGAAUUCACUAGAGCUUUGGUUUUCUUCCUCGAGGCCGAUCAGGAAUUUCGGCAAUGCAAUUCUCAAUUACUGAAGACAGUCGAUAACUACGCUCUGUUAGAUUUAGACAUAGCUUGGUGUUAUUUGAACCUCGAAAGCUUCGCUCAGCUUCCCGAAGCUUUCCAAAGGCUGUCCAGGUGCGAGGAAAAGUUCUGCUCCACGUACGGAAACAAUCUGGAAAGACUAAUAGAAAUCAAAGGGACCCCAGGAAACGAGGAAGCCUUGCUGAUGCGGUUGCAUCUACUCCAAGCCAUCGUUCUCUACCAUCAGAAUAAACGAACGGAAGCGCUUAAUCUCUUUCACAAAGUCGAACAAGAAAUCAAACAGCUUAGGGUUGACGAGAAUAGCAUUAUGACCCUAGUGGAGUUAGGGUAUACAACCAAAGAGGCUACUAUAGGUUUAAGGGCCACCAGGGGGGAUGUUAACCGAGCUGCGAAUUACAUCAACGAGAAUAGGAAUAAACGAGUCGAGGGUCGUAGGAAAGCAGAGGCGGAGGCCAUUUUAGAAAAGGAACGAAAGAAGCUGGGUUUAUGCGUAGAUGGCAAGCAGCACGUGGAUCCGAAUUUUUUGAAAAUUUUAGUUAAUAUGGGGUACAGUAAAGAAGCCGCUAGAUUGGCUUUGAAAAACACAAACAAUGUCAUAUCAGAUAGUAUAGAAUACAUCCAGGAGCAUCCCCUUCCGGGCCCGAGCGGCUCAAAGAGCACGGAACUUUUGUCUUUUAUAGACGAUUUAUCGAUCGAACUCGAAGAUGCCGGUUUCGAUGCCAGGAUGGCAAAAAUGGCUUUGAAAAGGCACGCUGGGGAUAUUAUGAAAGCCGCCGAGGAGCUCAUAAUGAAUGAUGGUAUUGUACCUGGUGAUUUAACCGACUUGAUAAGCGAAGAGAGUCUAGAAAAUAUCAAAAGGAGGAGAGAAGAUAACAAAGAAAAAACGGAUGCUUUGAAUCGACUAAAAGAAGAUAUCGAUAUUACAGACGAUGAUUAUCUGGAUAUAAAUCUCGUACAAGAAGAGUCCUUUUUGAGGCAGUAUCUUUCACUAUUGGAAAAAUAAGUACCACAAAGUGGAUAUACGUUUAAGGUAUAAAUGUGAAUUUACGUUACAUUUACUCGAAAAUAUACGUGUACUGUUUUAUAAAUGUGAUCCGAUUUUAUUGAGAACAAUAAAAGCUAUACUUAA